AUUAUACAAGGUGUUCAAGUUAUCAGUGCCAAGGAUCUAGCUGAUCUACAUUGAUCUAUUUAGAUGAUCUACCUGUGAGCACGUGCGAGUCCCAACCUGUCCCAACCUGUCCCAAUCUUAUGCACACUAGGACGUGAUUUGUGAAACACUGCUCCUAUUUAUGAUCAUCUUAUCAUUGAAUAGAUGAUUGCAUAAUAAAUGAGUAUAGAUGUUUAUCCCAUGGAAAUAUAUAACGCUGAAUUCAUUAAUCAAACGUCAGGCUUGUUCAUUACCUAGUUACGAGGCUGCUUUAAAAGCAUUGCAAGGUUUACAAAGCAACAUUCAAUAUUUGAAGCUGGCAACAAAAACAGAUAAUAGUGAUCUUUCUAACUUAUGUAAUACAGAAAAAUACUUGGUUCGGUCAGGUAUUACGCUUGAAAAAUUAGAAACUUUGUCUGUCAUACAUGUAGCAGGUACUAAAGGAAAAGGUUCUACUUGCGCAUACACAGAAGCUAUUUUACGUCAACAUGGUUUUAGUACAGGAUUUUUUAGUUCUCCACAUUUGGUUACAGUCAGAGAACGCAUAAAAAUAAAUGGAGAAUCGAUAAGCCAGUCGCGUUUUACACACUAUUUUUGGAAAGUGUAUAAAAAGCUGGAAAAUGCGAAAGAACACGAAUCCGACAUGCCUGCGUAUUUUAAAUUUUUAACAGUUCUAAUGUUUAAUAUAUUUUUAGACGCGAACAUUGAUGUUGCUAUUAUCGAAGUUGGAAUUGGCGGGCUGAAAGAUAGUACAAAUAUCGUAAGGAAUCCUGUAUGCAUAGGUAUAAGUAGUUUAGCAUUGGAUCAUACUUCCUUAUUAGGUAAUACUAUUGAAGAUAUAGCUUUUCAGAAAUCUGGGAUUUUUAAACCAAAGUCAAUUGCAUUUUCUGUUCCACAACUUCCACAAGCGAUGCGAGUGUUAGAGAAAAGAGCAAUUGAAAAAGAUUGUUCAUUACAUAUUGUCCCUUCUUUCAAAGAAUAUACAUGGGAAAAUUUAACACCUAUUUCAAAAAUAACAAACAGUAUCAAACAACAAAAUGCAUCUUUAGCUAUUCAGUUGGCCAUUGCAUGGAUAACGUGUAACAACGAUAAAUGUUUUUCGACGAUGAAUACUACCAUAAAUGAUAAUAACUUUUACAAUAAAUAUAAAGAAUAUAUUCGAAUAAAUAGUUCUAUACAAGAAGCACAAGUUUCAAAGAUUGUGGAUAUGAAUAAGAUUGCGGUAGGUUUAUCUUCUUGUAAAUGGCCAGGUAGAAUGCAAAUUUUAAGAGGUAGCAUCGCCGAGUUUUUCGUAGAUGGUGCACAUACGAUUGAAAGUAUCGAAGGCUGCGUUAAUUGGUUUAACGAAGUAAGCAACAACAGAAAUAGAGAGAAAAGAAUUUUAAUUUUUAAUUCUAGUGGAAAUCGAGAUCCAAUUCCGUUAUUGACACCUUUGAAGUCUUUAUAUUUUCGUAAAGCAUAUUUCGUACCAAAUAUUGCCGGAGUGGAAAAUGUAGAUGCCGAAACAAAUUGUUAUUUAAUAGAUGAGCAAAAACUUAAAUGUGUGAAGAAUUCUGAAGUAUGGGGAGCUGAUUCUGUGGUUGCAAAUAGUGUUUUUGAAAUUCUACAAGAAAUUAAAAAGGAUUCUGAAAAAGAAAUUAAUUGUAGUAACAAUGAAAAAUUUCAAAUUCUUGUUACCGGAUCGUUACAUUUAGCAGGUGCGGUUCUUACUAUAUUAGAUCCGAAUUUGACGAUGAAUACACAAUUUUAAUAUGUAUCUAAAUGUAAUUGAAUAAUCAUUUUGUAAUAUAGAAGUACAAAUAACAAGAAUAUUUUGUAUAAACAGUAAAAUUAUAUAUUUAAUAAUCAUAAUAACAAUAACUGUA